ACUACAACAGGUUAUUUUUGUUUCGUUAAAUAGCAACACCGCUACUUUGCUGUCAUGCGCUUCAUUCAUAGAUCAAAGAAUAGAAAUUCCUAAAACGCAUGACAGUUUGACAGUACUGUCAUAAAAAAAAUAUUCUUUAAUUAAAAACGUGAUAUUUAAUUGUAAAUAAUCCUAAAUUUAACAAAUUAAACAUGUCGGAUAACAAGGAAGUUGAUAAAUCUAAUGUCGACCCCGAAUUGGACGAUUUGCUUGAGAGUGCUCUCCAGGACAUGACCAAGAAGCCAGCCGGUACAGUGGCUGAGGGGUCCAGCGAUGUUCCAUCAAACAUGUGGAGCGAAGAAUUCAUAAAGGAGGCAGCGGCGCAAUUUGAAAGCAACAUGUCAGCUAUUCUUAGCAGCUUUAGCGGCGUACCAGAGGACCAAAUAACACAGGAGCAGAUUGCGCAGACAUUUACAAAAAUGGCCGAGGCAGCAGCUCAUGUUUUAAAACCUGAAGGGUCUACCGAGGAAGCUGGUGUUCCCUCGCCGCCGACAGUCGACCCUGAAGUGCAAGGAAAUAUAGAUGAGGUAUCGGCAGCAAUAUCACAGACUCUGAAAAAUUUGAACACAAACUCUGAAACACUGAAUACUCCUUUCUCUGACCAGGACCUAGCCAGUAUGUUCAAUAAUAUCACUCUCGGUGAAGGCCAGCAAGAAGGCAAUAUGUUUGUACCUUUCAUGCAAGGAAUGAUGCAGUCACUCCUCUCAAAAGAGGUCUUGUACCCCUCACUGAAGGACCUCGUCGAUAAAUACCCGGCGUGGCUCGCCGAAAACAAGGGAAAGAUCGAACAGAGUGAAUAUGAAAGGUUCGAGAAGCAACAGAAGUUAAUGGAACUGGUGUGCGCUGAACUGGAACCUGAACAAGAGUCAGAUCCAGAUGAUGUGAAGAGAAAGAGAUUUGAAAUCGUACUUGAUUUAAUGCAGAAAAUGCAAGAUCUAGGUCAGCCCCCCACUGAGCUGGUUGGAGAUAUGGGCCCCCCUCAGGGAUUUGCUGCCCCGGCCGUCCCAGACGCGGCGCAGUGCAGUAUUAUGUAGUAAAACAAAUACUGGUAACAUAACAUUGAACUAAUCAAUUAUAUUACAAUUAUAAUGUUAACCACAUGCAUUUUUUCUUUUCAAAAUAUUUUGAAAAAUUUAGCUACGGCAGUGUGCAGGAUCGUUGGUCUCGUCUUUACUCGUAUCCCAAAUUCCCAAUAAAAUACGUCUUGUGCUUUACAAAAAUUAUAAUUCGACUUUUUUACAUGGUUACAAAAACUUAUUACAACGACGACGAUAAGGGAAGAGACAGUUCGGAAGUAGAUGGCGCCGGAAACGAUCGGGCUGUCAAACGAUUUGAUUUCGCGCACAUUUGGUCACUAGAUGGCGACACAUAUUUGUCACUCCACAAUUGGGUAGUUUCCUAGGUCAAAAAUAAAUUAUUUCUACGUUUCAAUACAAUAAAAUAUUUGAAAAAUAACUAUACUUUUAUUCAUCGAUCGAUCGAUAAACUAAUUUUUAGAUUUUUUAACUAAUUAUUAAGAAAUAAGUAAGCUAUUUGACGUAAAAAAGUUAUGACGUCAUAGCUCAGUUUUUCAUAGAAAAUUAUAGUUUUUGACGUUUGGAUAAAAGUAUUGAAUUUGACUAGUUGGAAACUACCGUAUGCCCAAAACACAGUAUGACGAUAGAUGGCGCGAACAGGCAGCUAAAUGUUUCUGUUUUACGAAAAAAAUCAAAUCAAAUUCUUUAUUUCAAAUAGACUACAACAGGCAUUUUUUAACGUCAAGCUAGAAAAUAUCAUGUAUAAUUUUAGUGACUUCUUGCAGAUUUUUUAUGUCUAUGUCCUUUCUCGAGUUCCAAACUAUGUCUGUACCAAAUAUCACAGAUAUCGGUUCAGUAGUUUAGGCGUGAAGAAAAGACAGACAGACAGACAGAGUUGCUUUCGUAUUUAUAAGUUUGGAUUUGGAUUAGCGUACGGUAAUAGACUACUAGCUUCAGCCCUCGGCUUCGCCCGCGUGGUAUGUUUAUACGUCCUCUAGUGAAGCUAUUUGAUCGUUAUUAAAGAUUAUUUAUUAUUUAUUAAAGAUUAUCCCCUACAUACAAACUUACAAAGAGAGAGACUAGCUUUUGCCCGCGACUCUGUUCGCGUAGAAUAGUGACUUCCUGCAGAUUUUUGGUAUAGAAACUAUCCUAUAUCAUUUCUCGAGUUCCAAACUAUGUCUGUACCAAAUAUCACAGAAAUCGGUUCAGUAGUUUAAGCGUGAAGAAAAGACAGACAGACAGAGUUUAGAUUACCUUCGCAUUUAUAAUAUUAGUUUGGAUUUUAAUUUUGAAUUUAAUUUCUCAACUAUCUACAUACCAAAUUUCAACCAAAUCGUUCCAGUAGUUUUGCAUAUAAGAAUUACAUACAUAGAUCCAUAUGAAGGCACCGGGGGGUUGGUACAAACAUCAAAAUCCCGAUCAUCGUCUUCACAGUACAUCGCAGGGCGUAGGAUUUUAUAAUCAGACCGAAUAAAUUACAAAAAUAACGGACGUAGCCGAUCCGUCUCCUAUGACAGUCGCAGCGCUCGCUCUCCACCAUAAUGCGCACGCAGAACUGUCUGUUUGACGUUCCGCCAGAGUACGAUUCAUUGUACCCUCGUCCGAUGAAUUGUGAUAAAACCUCCUUCAAAAUUCAAUUUAAAUAAUCGACGCGCCGUCACAUACAGGAUGUCCGGUAAAGAAUGGAUAACCUUGAAAUGC